GUCGCAGCCGGAAGUCAGUUUCUCUUCUGGCUACGUGGAAGUAGCUCCAAACAUCCGAGCCGAGAGAGACUUCUACCCUCAACUGUCACCUGCCUCCACACAAAAUGAUUAAAAAAUUCGAUAAGAAGGACGAGGAGUCUGGAAGUGGAUCCAAUCCUUUCCAGCACCUGGAGAAAAGUGCUGUACUGCAGGAGGCACGUAUCUUCAAUGAGACUCCCAUCAACCCUCGAAGAUGCCUCCACAUCCUCACCAAGAUCAUCUACCUCCUCAACCAGGGGGAGCAUUUCGGGACCACAGAGGCCACGGAAGCUUUCUUUGCAAUGACCAGACUCUUUCAGUCCAAUGAUCAAACCCUUCGAAGGAUGUGCUAUUUAACCAUCAAAGAGAUGGCCAACAUCUCUGAGGAUGUCAUCAUCGUCACAAGCAGUUUGACCAAGGACAUGACUGGAAAGGAAGAUGUGUACAGAGGACCGGCCAUCAGAGCCCUCUGCAGGAUUACAGAUACCACCAUGCUGCAGGCCAUUGAGAGAUACAUGAAGCAGGCGAUUGUUGACAAGGUGCCCAGUGUGUCCAGUUCGGCUCUCGUUUCCUCAUUGCACAUGGUGAAAAUGAGCUACGAUGUGGUGAAGCGUUGGGUGAAUGAAGCCCAGGAAGCAGCUUCCAGUGACAACAUCAUGGUCCAGUAUCACGCGCUGGGCCUGUUGUAUCACCUCAGGAAGAACGACCGCCUCGCUGUGACCAAGAUGCUCAACAAGUUCACCAAGUCUGGCCUGAAGUCUCCCUUUGCUUACUGCAUGCUCAUCCGGAUCGCCAGCAAGCUGCUGGAUGAGACCGAGGGAGGUCAUGACAGCCCCUUGUUUGACUUCAUCGAGAGCUGUCUGAGGAACAAGAAUGAGAUGGUGGUGUAUGAGGCGGCCUCUGCCAUCGUCCACAUGCCCAACUGUACGGCCCGGGAGCUGGCGCCCGCUGUCUCAGUGCUGCAGCUGUUCUGCAGCUCCCCUAAAGCAGCUCUGAGAUACGCUGCAGUCAGGACUCUCAACAAGGUGGCCAUGAAGCAUCCGUCAGCCGUGACGGCGUGCAACCUGGACCUGGAGAACCUGAUCACCGACUCCAACCGCAGCAUCGCCACGCUGGCCAUCACCACUCUGCUGAAGACCGGCAGCGAGAGCAGCGUGGACCGGCUCAUGAAGCAGAUCUCCUCCUUCGUCUCUGAAAUCUCCGACGAAUUCAAGGUGGUGGUGGUGCAGGCCAUCAGCGCCCUGUGCCAGAAGUAUCCCAGAAAGCACAGCGUCAUGAUGAACUUCCUGUCCAACAUGCUCCGAGACGACGGUGGCUUCGAGUACAAGCGGGCCAUCGUGGACUGCAUCAUCAGCAUCAUCGAGGAGAACCCGGAGAGCAAGGAGACCGGCCUGGCCCACCUGUGCGAGUUCAUCGAGGACUGCGAGCACACCGUGCUGGCCACCAAGAUCCUGCACCUGCUGGGCAAGGAGGGGCCGCGCACGCCGCAGCCCUCCAAGUACAUCCGCUUCAUCUUCAACCGGGUGGUGCUGGAGAGCGAGGCGGUCCGUGCAGCUGCCGUCAGUGCUUUGGCUAAAUUCGGAGCUCAGAAUGACGACCUGCUGCCGAGCGUCCUGGUUCUCAUGCAGAGGUGCAUGAUGGACAGCGACGACGAGGUGCGAGACAGAGCAACGUUCUACAUGAACGUCCUCCAGCAGAAGCAGAAGGCUCUGAACGCUGCCUACAUCUUCAACGGACUGUCCGUCUCCGUCCCCGGGUUGGAGAAGUCCCUCCAUCAGUACACGCUGGAGCCGUCGGAGAAGCCUUUCGACAUGAAGACGGUGCCUCUGGCCACCACGCCCAUCACAGAGCAGAAGACCGAAAUCGCUCCAGUUGCCACCAGCAAGCUGCCGGAGAAGCUGGCCCCGUCACGCCAGGACAUUUAUCAGGAACAACUGGCCGCCGUCCCAGAGUUCCAGGGUCUCGGCCCGCUCUUCAAGUCCUCAGAGCCGGUCCAGCUGACGGAGGCCGAGACAGAAUAUGUCGUCCGCUGCAUCAAACACACCUUCGCCCGACACAUGGUGUUCCAGUUCGACUGCACCAACACUCUCAACGACCAGCUGCUGCAGAAGGUGGUGGUGCAGAUGGAGCCGUCGGAAUCCUACGAGGUGAUUCACUACGUCCCCGCCGCCAGCCUCCCCUACAGCCAGCCCGGCUCCUGUUACACGCUGGUCCGGCUGCCCGACGACGACCCCACCGCCGUGUCUUGUACGUUCAGCUGCACCAUGAAGUACCUGGUGAGAGACUGCGACCCGAACACAGGCGAGCCCGACGACGACGGUUACGACGACGAGUACGUGCUGGAGGAUCUGGAGGUGACGGUCGCCGAUCACAUCCAGAAGGUUCUGAAACCAAACUUUGGAGCGGCGUGGGAAGAAGUGGGAGAUGAAAAUGAGAAGGAGGAGACGUUCGCUCUGGCGUCUGUACGAACUCUGGACGAGGCGGUGGGUAACAUCAUCAACUUCUUGGGGAUGCAGCCGUGUGAGCGAUCUGACAAAGUCCCAGAAAACAAGAACUCACACGUCCUCUUCCUCGCUGGCGUGUUUCGCGGCGGCCACGACGUGCUGGUCCGCGCCCGCCUGGCGCUGGCCGACGGCGUCACCAUGCAGGUGACGGUGCGCAGCAGCGAGGAGACGGUGGUGGACGUCAUCCUGGCCUCGGUGGGAUAAAAAACGGUGCCAACUCUUCCAGCACAGGACCUUUUCCUCCUGUGUUCCACAGGAAAAUGCUACCGCAGUUAUAAAUGUUUGAAUAUAAAAUGUUUCCUCUGUCUCUGCAUCUUCUGAUCAUCAUGUUUCUUUAAGAAUGUCUCAAAUAUAUAAUAAAGUCUGUCACUUCACCAGAA